AUGUCCGGAACACAAAGCGGAGGACUCCUCGGCGGACUAAUCGGCGCACUCGACAACACACUUACAGGGGGUCCACAGGCCCACGGUCAAGGUGGACUUCUCGGGGGUGUCGGCGGUGCACUUGAGAAGACAACGGAAGGAUUGGGGAAUACGUUGAAUAGUACUGUGAAGGGGGUGGGAGAGGUUGCUGGGGGGGCGACUAAUACGGUGGGGAAUGUUGCUGGGGGGGCGACGGGGGCGUUGGGGGGUGUGUUGGGUGGGUUGGGGGGUGGAGUGGGAGGGGGAGGCGGAGGGGGUGCAGGGAGUGGAGGGAGUGGGAGUGGAGGGGAACAGCAGUUGAAUGCUUGGGGGGAGCCGAUUAAGAAGUAG